AAAAAACUUGUUACGUAGGCGAUCGGGCCAGGGAAAAAGGCUCUGAUGACUUAGGAAAGAUGUUGUCUAGAAAUGUUACAAACAAAGGAAAAUUAAAAAAAAAAAAUAACAAAAAAUAAUCCUCUAUACCAAACACACCCUUAGUCCUAUUUCUCUUUGACAUUAUGCACUCUUUAUGUAUGAGUGACAGAAUAACACUUUUGUCAUUUUCCAACCACUCAUCUUUUAUCUCAAAAGUCCUUCAAUUGACACCACACAGAAUCUUCAAGCUUUAUUGAAUCUUUUUCUUUUCUUCUGAACCAUGGUGUCCAAAUCUCUCAGCUUCAGUCUUCAUCAUCUUCAUCCCCACCAUGAAAUUUUCACAAAGCCCAAGACCCUAUAUUCCCUUAGAACAUCUUCAAUUCCAACCACCUUAACUACUACUAGUAGUACUAAAAUUGUACACACUUUUUUCCACAAAAAAUGUAACAACAACAAAAUUCUUUCAACCAUGGCAUCAUCAAGUCAAUUUGAUGAAUUUCAGCCUGAUCCUAGCCUUACAAAUGAUGAUCUCAAGCCGACGUCGACCGAUCAACGAAACUUUUCAGGUUGGGAAAUGGCUAGUUUAUGGAUUGGACUAGUUGUUGGGGUACCUUCAUAUUACCUGGCUGGUAGCCUAGUUGAUCUUGGAAUGUCAUGGUGGCAAGGAAUUGCAAUUGUUGUUGUAGCCAAUUUGAUAACUUUGGUGCCACUUAUAUUAAUUGGUCAACCAGGCACAAAAUUUGGUAUAUCAUUUCCUGUUUUAGCAAGAUCAUCAUUUGGCAUUAAAGGUGCACAUAUUCCUACACUACUUAGAGCUUUAGUUGGUUGUGGUUGGUAUGGUAUUGAAACAUGGAUUGGCGGUGAAGCAAUUUUUCUUUUGUUACCAAAAGUUGUCAAAAAUUCAUCUUUUUCUCAAUCACUUUCUUGGCUUGGCACUUCACCUCUUGAAUUUGCUUGUUUUAUCACUUUUUGGAUAGCACAAUUGGCUAUUGUGUGGAAAGGGAUAGAUGGUAUUAGAGAAUUGGAAAAAUACUCUGCCCCAAUACUUAUUUCACUUACUUCUUGCUUACUCAUUUGGGCCUAUGUUAAGGCUGGUGGAUUUGGUCAUAUGCUAGAUUUAUCAUCAAGAAUCACUAAUUCAGAGUUUUGGUCACUUUUUUUCCCAUCAAUAACAGCAAAUAUUAGUUUUUGGGCCACUUUGGCACUCAACAUACCUGAUUUUACUAGAUAUGCAAAAAGCCAAAAUGACCAAAUUUUUGGCCAAGUAGGGCUACCUAUCUUUAUGGGGUUGUUCACUUUUGUGGGCCUGGCUGUGACAUCUUCAACAAAAGUUAUUUUUGGGCAUGUAAUUUCGAACCCCAUUACACUUUUAGGUGAAAUUGGUGGAUUCUUGACAACUUUUCUAGCCAUUGUUGGUAUUAGCCUAGCCACAAUUACAACCAACAUUGCUGCCAAUGUCGUCGCGCCCGCGAAUGCUUUAGUCAAUCUUAGCCCUUCAAGGUUCACUUUUAGAAGAGGUGCAAUUUUAACAGCAUUGUUAGGAGUUGUUUUUCAACCUUGGAGGUUACUAAAAUCAAGUGAAAGUUUUGUGUAUACAUGGCUAGUUGGAUAUUCUGCAUUGUUGGGACCAAUUAUGGGAAUAAUUUUGGCUGAUUAUUACCUAAUUCAAGGGAUGAAUUUGAGGAUGAAUGAUUUGUACACAUUGAGUCCAAAUGGUGAAUAUUAUUACUCAAGUGGCUAUAAUUUAAAGGCUAUGCUUGCUUUGGUUGUUGGGAUUUUACCGGUUAUUCCAGGGUUUUUGCAAAAUGUUGGGAUUUUGGAUUCAAUUCCAAAGGCAUUUGUUAUCAUUUACAACAAUGCUUGGUUCUUUAGCUUGUUUUUAGCAGGGGGACUAUAUUGGAUUCUUUCAUUUUUAAAGGGGAAAAAGAAAAAUCAACGACACAUAGAUCCAUUGUUGCCUAAUGAAUCUUAAUGUUGUUUUUGAUUU